UUUAAGUUCUAGCAGUUCUCAGCUCUGCUGCAUGUUGGCUGAAAUCCUCCACCGGCAGCAUGAAGCUGGGGGCCUUCCUUCUCUUGGUGUCCCUCGUCACCCUCAGCCUGGAGGUUCAGGAGCUUCAGGCUGCAGUGAGACCAUUGCAUCUCUUAGGUGCCUGCACUGAGCUCUGCAGAGGUGACUGGGACUGUGCACAAGGGGAUCAGUGUGUCAGCACUGGGUGCGGUCAUGUCUGUGUUACAAGUUAAGACCAGUUUCUACCUUGAAAAAAAAUUGCCUGUUUGGAACUCCAUGCCCAAGAAAGCUCUUAAAAAUGGAGGCCAUGGAUGAAGAUUACAAGGAGCACAGUGGGGGAGGGACAAGGAGGUGUUUCUCUUAAUAAAUCAUUAU